AUGGGCUUCUUCAAAGUUAUCGCAGAGCACCAUUCUAUUGUGGCUGGACAACAAUUAUUUUUCUGUUAUGGUGCUCAUAAUAAUGACCAACUUUGGAUAGAAUAUGGUUUUAGACUUUUGGAGAAUCCUUUUAAUCGUGUGAAUAUUUCAAUAGAUUUGUUCGUUGUUUUAGCUGAACGUUGUGGACAAAAAGUUGAAUCAGCAAGAAGAGAAAUUCUUAAAAAGGCUCGUCUACCUUGUACAAUUUAUGCAACUGAUGAAAUUCCGAGUUUUGCACUUCGUAAAAAUUCUUCUAUUUUAUUGAUGAAAAAAUCAAAAUUAUCAAAUUGGAGUCAAUAUCUUUUUUCUGAUGAAGAAAAUGAAUAUGAUGAAGAAGGAAUUUUAACUAGUCCAGAAAUAAAAUUAAUUGUAUCGAUUUUGAGGAAACUUGAAAAUGCCCUUAUUGCAAGAAGAAAUGAAUGCUUGAUGGAGGAAAUUUGUGCAUCCUGGGAUGAUCAAAUACAAAUAUUAAAAAGGAUGUUAAUUAAAUAUUGA